GUGACGUCGGAGCUGUAGAAUUAUACGGACACGUUAGUAUAUAUAUGCCUCCGUGGCAUCCCUGGUGUAACGCCUCGUACAAACCUCUCCUCUCUCUGGUUGGCUCCCGUCCGUGCAGCAGCAUCCUCACGUAUACCACGCGCCAUGUCUUCGCUGGUGCCCGGCGCCGGCGGCGCUGCGCGCGAGGACGAUGCCGGCCUCAACGAGCCGCUGCUCGCGAACGGCGACCGCGGCUUUCACACUGGCGGAGCGCUGGCCGCGGUGGUCGUGGCCAAUGCGCACGGCAGCGGCGGGGCCAAGGAGAAGGGUGCCGUGAAGGUGAGCAAGGACAGGUACUGGGAGGACGUCCACCAGCCGGACGCCGUGGCGGCGGCAGACCUGGAGAGCGGCGGCGGGCGGCCGCUGCUGUUCUCGAACAAGAAGGUCAAGGCGACCCUCCUGUACCCCUACAGGACGCUGGUUCUGAUACGCCUCGUCGCCGUGAUCUUAUUCAUCGCAUGGCGCAUCAAGAACAACAACUCCGACGUCAUGUGGUUCUGGGUGACCUCCGUCGUCGGCGACGUCUGGUUCGCCUUCUCGUGGCUGCUCUACCAGCUCCCAAAGUUCAGCCCCAUCAAACGGACCCCCGACCUCGCCACUCUCCGGCAGCACUACGACCUCCCCGACGGUGGCUCCAUCCUCCCGGGCAUCGACGUCUUCGUUACCACCGCCGACCCCGUCAACGAGCCGGUGUUGUACACCAUGAACUGUGUCCUCUCCAUCCUCGCCGCCGACUACCCCGUCGACAGGUACACUUGCUACCUGUCCGACGACAGUGGCGCACUGAUCCUCUACGAGGCGCUGGUCGAGGCUGCAAGCUUUGCCUCCAUGUGGGUGCCCUUCUGCCGGAAGCACUCCAUUGAGCCGAGAGCGCCGGAGAGCUAUUUCCAGAUGGAGGGGAUGAUCUACAACGGAAGAUCACCGGGGGAGUUCAUGAAUGAUUAUAGGCAUGUGCAGAGGGAGUAUGAGGAGUUGAAGGUGAGGUUGGAGACGCUCCCUAGCACUAUUCAGGAGAGGUCAGAUGUGUGCAACAGCAUGAAAGCAAAGGAAGGGGGUGCAAAAGCAACUUGGAUGGCUAAUGGGACACAAUGGCCAGGCACAUGGAUUGAACCAACAGAAAACCAUAGGAAAGGACACCACGCUGGAAUUGUUAAGAUUGUGCAGAACCAUCCGAGUCGUUGUAAGCCUCAACAGGGCUUCCAAGGUAGCAAUGCCAACCCAGACCCAGUCAACUUUGGUGGCGUCGAUGCGCGCCUCCCGAUGCUAGUCUACGUGUCUCGUGAAAAGAGCCCAUGCAGCGAACACAACAAGAAGGCGGGUAACUUGAACGCCCAGCUGCGCAUCUCCGGCCUGCUCUCCAACGCGCCCUUCGUCAUCAACUUCGACUGCGACCACUACGUCAACAACUCGCAGGCCCUGCGUGCAGCGAUGUGCUUGAUGCUUGACUCGAGGGAAGGCGGCAGCACUGGCUUCGUCCAGUUCCCGCAACGGUUCGAGAACGUCGACCCCACGGACCGGUAUGGCAACCACAACAGGGUCUUCUUCGACGGCGCCAUGUACGCCCUCAAUGGACUCCAAGGGCCUACCUACCUCGGCACUGGUUGCAUGUUCCGCCGGCUCGCGCUCUACGGCCUCGACCCGCCUCGCUGGAGACCUGAAGACAUCACGGUCGACAGUAACAAGUUCGGUAACUCCAUACAGUUCUUGAACUCGGUCUUGGUGGCUUUGAAACAAGAACGCCGCAUCACACCACCAGAGCUAGACGAGCCGUUUCUCGCUGAGAUGGCGAUGGUCGUGUCAUCUUCGUAUGAUCAAGGGACAGACUGGGGCAGUGGCGUUGGGUACAUAUACAACAUAGCCACCGAGGACAUAGUGACCGGCUACCGCAUCCACGGGCAAGGGUGGCGCUCCAUGUAUUGCACCAUGGAACGAGACGCGUUCCAUGGCACUGCACCGAUCAACCUGACGGAGCGCCUCUACCAGAUUGUUCGUUGGUCUGGUGGAUCCCUAGAGGUGUUCUUCUCACCUUACAACCCAUUGUUCUCUGGCCGCCGGCUCCACCUAAUGCAGCGGGCCGCAUACCUCAAUUUCACCAUCUACCCGAUCACGUCGAUCUUUAUCAUACUCUAUGCCUUCUGCCCAGUGAUGUGGCUAAUCCCGGAGGAAAUACUCAUCCAGAGGCCGUUCACCAGAUACGUCGUGUACCUCAUCGUAGUCAUCGCACUGAUUCACGCCAUUGGCAUCUUCGAGAUAAGGUGGGCGGGGGUCACAUGGAUGGACUGGUGGCGCAACGAGCAGUUCUUCAUGAUCGCCUCGAUGAGCGCGUACCCGACGGCGCUGCUGCACAUGGUGGUGAAGCCUCUCACGGGGAAGGGCAUCCAAUUCAGGGUCACUUCGAAGCAGGCUGCAGCGGCCGACGUCGACGAUAAGUUCGCUGAGAUGUACGAGAUGCGGUGGGUGCCCAUGCUGAUCCCGCCGGCGGUGGUGCUGUUCUCCAACAUCAUGGCUAUCGGCGUGGCCAUGGGCAAAGCGGUCGUGUACAACGGAGUAUGGUCUGUGGUGCAGAAGAGGCACGCGGCGCUGGGUCUCCUGUUCAACGUGUGGAUCAUGAUGCUCCUCUAUCCGUUUGGGUUGGCGGUCAUAGGACGCUGGAGCAAGAAAUCCGGUAUCCUCUUCGUCUUGUUUCUGGUUGCAUUUGUGGUCAUUGGGCUGGUGUACAUUGGCGUGCAUGCGUUCCUUGUAAAUUUCCUCCCGUUCAUGGUGAUAUAGCAAAAUCAUUGUGUACUUUUAGUUGAUAAUAAUACAGAAUUGUUGACGUGACCAAA